AUGAGAUCUAUUGCCGUCAACAAAAUCGUUCUCUUUGGCGAUUCACAAACCGAGCAAAGUUCCAGCCAAGCUGGCGGAUUCAACCUUGCGCCAGCAUUGCAACAUGAAUACUGGUCCAAAUUACAGGUCAUAACACACGGAUAUGGCGGGUAUAACACUGAACAUGGGCGCCAUAUCAUCAAUGCUAUUCUCCAGGCAGAAACGCCCGCACCAACGCAGACCAAUCGACCCCGCUGUUCAAAGAUCAAACUGUUGGUGAUAUUCUUUGGCACAAAUGAUGCCGCAGAUCCCAAGCAUAACACAUUGUCGCAAUGUGUACCAAUCGAUAGAUAUAAGGAAAAUCUAUCAUAUAUGGUGGAGGUAGCUAAAGGACACGGAGUUGAAGCCGUGGUUCUUGUAGGACCAGCACCAGUCAAUGAGCUCGCACCAGAAGCCCCUCCGGAUCGAGACACCGAGAGAGCAAGACAAUACUCGGAUGCUGCAGCACAAGUCGCCGGAAAAUUCGGGAAGCGGAACAAUGUUACCUUUAUUGACUUGUGGCAGGCCUUCAUGGACUCCACAGGGUGGAAGGAAGGACAGCCUAUUCCCGGGCAGAAGACCCGUAUCGCUGGCGGGGAAUGCGCUGGGGCCGUUCAAUCAAGUUAUCCAUCUCGAGCCCUGGCCACAUCUAGAGCGCUUGCCGGGUUAUUGGCUUCGGAUGGUGUCCACUUCACAGCCAAUGGAUACCAAAUCUGGUACGACGUGCUGCGGCAGACCAUCCGCGAGCAGUGGCCAGCACUCAGAUCUGAAAACUUGAAGACAAUCUUCCCGCACAUUUUUGACGUAGACGCGAACGACCUACCAGCAUCGUUGUGGCAGCACUUAGAAGACUAA